AUGGGUUUGACGGUAUCGCGAAUAAUGAGAUUAUUCUAUGCAAAGAAAGAAAUGAGGAUUUUGAUGGUGGGUCUUGAUGCAGCUGGAAAAACCACAAUACUCUACAAACUGAAGCUUGGAGAAAUUGUCACUACCAUACCAACCAUAGGUUUCAAUGUAGAGACUGUUGAGUAUAAAAAUGUUAGCUUCACUGUUUGGGAUGUUGGAGGACAAGACAAGAUUCGACCGUUGUGGAGGCACUACUUUCAGAAUACACAAGGUCUUAUCUUUGUUGUAGAUAGUAAUGAUAGAGAAAGAAUCUUAGAAACCAGAGAUGAGCUUCAUAGAAUGCUGAGUGAGGAUGAACUUCGCGAUGCCACUUUACUUGUAUUUGCCAAUAAGCAAGACCUUCCAAAUGCUUUGAGUGUUGCAGAAAUUACUGAUAAACUUGGCUUACAUUCACUCCGUCAGCGCCGUUGGUACAUCCAGUCAACUUGUGCAACUUCUGGCCAAGGACUAUAUGAAGGGCUUGAUUGGUUAUCAAGUAACAUAUCUAACAAGAUAAGAUGA